AGUUGGUACUUUGGGGAGUCAAAAGUCAAAAUUUUUAUUUACAAUACUUUAUUUUAAUCAAGAAAAACAAAAACAAAUUAACGAAAACGAGAAUUUUCACGCUGAAUUUGUUUUCAACAAAAUUUAUUUAUUUUUCUUGUUUUUUUUUGUUUGCAGGUGAUUUUUGUAAAUAUAAAGAAUAAUAUUGCAAUGGAUUCAAAGACAUUGACAUUUUUAAGACUUAUGGGCUUAUAUCAAAUUUUAGAUCCUAAUACUGUUAAAAUUUAUGGUUAUAAUAUACAUCACAUCGUUAUUAUGAUUUUUGUAUCUUUCUUGUUCGUUGUAUCGAUGUUGUUUCCUAUAGGUCUUAUUUAUUUAAGAAAUGAUAUAACCGCAUUUUUGUACUACGGUGGAUGUUUAAGUAAUUUCAUGUUAAGCUGUUUCAAAAUAUUCAAAGUUAUGUAUUGUUCAAAAGAUAUAUGGAAAUUUAUUGAUGUAACAAGAUAUUACUUAAAUACAUAUAAACACUACAAUAUUAAUGUUUUAAAAAACUGGGAUACUAGAUCUAUACGAGCUAUCUAUAUAUAUAUUAUGAUAUGGUUAAUUGGUUUUAUUUCUUGGUUUUCAAGUCCUUAUAUACUAAAUGAAUAUACAGUUAAAAUUAGAAAUAUUGAUGGUUCAUAUAGCAAUUACCGAGUGAAUAUAUUUAAUAUAUAUUUAAUAGCGUCAGAUGAAACGUAUAACAUGCAUUUUUAUAUAUUUUAUAUCAUCGAAAUAAUAAUACAUUUUUGCUACGUAUACUCCUCAGUUGUUAGUGAUAUUAUUAUAAUUUUGAUAUCUUUUGAAAUAAAUUCUCGAAUGGAAAUAAUUUGUAUAGCAUGUGGAUCAUUGAACUACAAUAUAUGCCCAAAAGAAGGUUUAAGUGAUUCCAAUGUAAUAAAAUUGAAGAAGAGAUACGAUGUAAUAUAUGAUGAUUUAAAAAUUUUAAUUAUGGAUCACAAAACUGUUAUAAGAAAGUUACAAGACUAUUAUGCAAUUUUCCGGCCAGUAAUUCUCGUUCAAAUAUUUAUAGCAUCGAGUUCACACAUAGUUAUUUGGUUUGUUGCUGUAAUGGGUUUUGUUAAAGGCGACUUAGGAAGUUCUAUAUUGUCGAUUAAGUUAUUUACUGUGCAUCCUUUAGUGAGUUUUCAGUUAUUCGUGAUGUGUUAUUUAUUUGGAUCUAUGAAUGAAAAAAAAGAUUCAAUCAUUUUUGCAUUAUAUAGUAGUAAUUGGACUGAAAUGGAUAUGAAAUGUAAAAAGUUGAUUUUAUUGGCUAUGAAAAUGAUCAGUUCCAAUAAUUUAAAAUUGAAGUUUACAAGUACCAAAAUCGUCGACAAGGAAAUGUUUACACAUACGAUGAGUUUUUGUUAUUCCAUAUUUUCCACGUUGGUAAAUUAUAAUAAAACAAACUAAAAUUGUAGUAACGUUUUAUUUCAAAUAUUUUGAUUUGAAAAUAAUAAUUAUU